AUGAGCGUUGACAUCAGACCAUUCAAGAUCGAUGUUCCUCUCGAGGAGGUCGAGCGCAUGAAGCGCAAACUUCGGGAUACUAGGUUACCAAAGAAUCCGAUCGUUCCAGAGGCGGGUGAAGAUUAUGCAGGCCCGUCAAUGGAUUGGACACAUCGUCUGUAUAACAAGUACCUUGAUUUCGACUGGCCGGCCGCUCAGGAUCAUCUCAAUCGGCACAAUCAUUACAUUGCGAGCAUUCCAGACGAGAACACCAGUGUCGACAUUCAUUUCACGCAUACUCCCUCACCAAGUCCCGACGGCAUCCCUCUGAUACUCAUCCAUGGCUGGCCUGGUUCGUUUGCUGAGUUCGAUCGUGUCGUCGACUGCUUCGCCAAUCCUCCUAGCUCCGACAUGCCCUCCUUCCAUGUCGUAGUUCCCAAUAUACCAGGUUUUAUGUGGUCAUCGCCGCCGCACAGAAAGGGAUGGACACUUCAAGACACUGCGCGCCUCUACCACAAGCUGAUGUUGUCGCUUGGCUACAGUGCGUAUGUAGCUCAAGCAGGUGAUUGGGGAAUGUUCAUUGCACGCGAAUUGGGUGCGAAGUACCCUGCAUGCGAAGCAGUGCACCUCAACUUUUGCCCAACGCCGUUACCUGAAGACCUCAAGGACUCAGAUCUGACCGAGCGAGAGAAAAUGGUGAACGACCGGUGUGAUGACUGGCUCGACGAUCAUCUGGGCUAUGCUGUCUGUAUGCGGUCACGGCCGCACACCGUUGGUGUGGGCUUCAUCGACCAUCCUGUCGGCAUCAUGAUGUGGGUAGGUGAGAAGUUCAACGAGCUUGCCAAUCCUGACAAUCAGGAUGAGAAGUGGGAGCAGAUAAUAUUGACACAGGUCUGUCUGUACCACUUCAGCGGAUGUAUGAUGACUGCUAUGCUCCCGUAUUAUGAGAACGUGAAGCACGCCGGGUUCGGGGAGUUUGUGCUCAAGGAGGAGAACCGCAUCAAGUGCCCCAUGGGCUACACGAGUUUUAAAUAUGACUCAAGACCGGGUACCAAGAGAGGCGUGGAGAGGAGCGGGAAUCUCGUCUUCUACAAUGAGUCUGACCAUGGUGGACACUUCGCCGCGCUGGAGUGCCCGGACGUACUGCUGGCAGAUUGUCGAAAAUUUUUUGAUGAACAUUUCACAAGGUAA